CUGUCAUGUUUGUUAUUGUUUGUAUUUGUUUAAUUUUCAAUUAGUAAAUUCACUUUUAUCAUUUCAUCAAUAUGAAUGAGAGAUUUAAGCAUAUAAUCAAAGGUUUUAAAGUAAUUUCGUUGAUCGGUGGAUGUGCCGCUCUAAUAACAUAUCACAUUCGACAGACAUGUAGAUCUCUAGACAAAAUUGUCAACCUAAGUGUUCUGGAUGCGGAAAAAAAGUAUACUCCAGAGUAUAUUUAUAUUGAUGAUACAAAAUUUGAUUUGAAAAUGGUACAAGCAAGGGAGUCGAGGCAAUCUGUGGGAUUGGCUCGUAUUUGGAAAAGUUUGAGAGAUUCUUUAGCAUCUAGACUUCUGUGGCUAUGUCGUCACGGGAAUCAAGAACAACGCGAUCUAGCACUGCAACAUCUAGCUUCAUUUAGGAAUAACAAAAAGUGGGAAUGUUUAAAACUUGCUCAAACCCUUGAUAUGAACACUGCAGUGUUACUCGCUCGUACUAGCGGAGCUGAUUUACGAUACUUUUUACCACCGCCAAUUCACGUAAGAAGAGCUGCAUUAACAUCUGAGCUCAUGUCAUUUAAAUUACGAGACCUGAUUGUCGGCGUUCAAAAGAUAAGCCCACAUAGCUGUAUCAAAUACUUUUUGUCUAAGUAUUUUGCCAAUCUUCAGGAGCAAGCUAUGGAGGCAGACAAUGUGCCUGCUAAACCAGAUGUAAUAAGUGAAAGAGAGCUGUGUAUGUUGUGUCUUGAUGCUUUAUACCAUCAUGUUAUAUUGUUUCAUUCUAAUAAUUAUGUUGAUGAUAAAUCAUCUUCAACACUAGUGAACAUGGAGCUGUUGCCUCGCUUGGCCGAAUUGUUUUUAAGAUAUCGUAAUGAUGUUGAUAUGGAUCUCUGUAUAUUAAAAAUUCUUACUGUGAUAAGUAUGCACACAGUUUUGUUGAAAGACUUUUUUCAAAAUGGACUAAUAGGUGAACUGUGCAGAUUAAUAAAAUCGGAUGAUGUACGCUUGUCCAGCUCUGCUGCAGUAUGUCUCGCGAACCUAUCCGGGGAACAUUGUUUUAGACCUGGAUUAUAUCUAUUACAUCCUUUAUACAGAACAAGAACAAAGCAGUUGUGCGACACUCUGUUAAUACAUGGCCUAAGGGGUGGUGUGUUUGUUACUUGGCGCCAAAGGGAUCCCAAAUGUGAAGGACCAUUAGUUAUCACAGAUGUUAAAUCUAGAAUUAAAUGUGGAAAACCUUGCGUUGAAGAUGAUAUUGGUGAAAGUUACAUAGAUCCUGAAUUAAAACAGGUGUUAGAGGACUUAUCAGAGAUGGAUGAAGAAUCAUUGUUAUCCAACAUGGAAGUUGUCUUGCAGGAUAUACCAAUUGAGGCCAAAAGAGAUCAUUCAUUAAAUUCAUUAACUGCAGCGAAAAAACGUAUAGCUUUAAUUAGGGAAAAUGAGGAUAAUUGUACUUACACCCAUUGCUGGCCCAAAGAUUGGUUGCCAAAAGAUUGUAAUAAUUUAAGAAUUCUAGGAGUAAAUUAUUGGAGUUCACUUUCAGAAUGGUUAGAAGGGUGUCCUUUACAAAGCGCAGAUAUAGCUACUAGAGCUGUUGAACUGACACCCGUUUUAAUAGAUGCACAAGUGGGUCAAAGAAAUGUACCCAUAAUUUGGUUAGCUCAUUCAAUGGGUGGUCUUAUAGUGAAACAACUUCUCAUUGAUGCUGCCAAUAGUCAAGAUAAAUUGAAAAAGAUUUGCGAACAAACAAAAGCAGUUUUAUUUUACAGUACGCCACAUAGAGGUAGUUCUCUAGCGAGCCUGCCCCGAGCAGCUGAUGCAGUGCUUUGGCCGUCACAUGAUGUAAAGCAAUUAAAAGAAAACUCACCAAUUCUUCUAAACAUACAAAAUCAAUUCCUGACAGUUGCAGAUAAAUAUGAUUUUGAAACCAUCAGUUUUGCAGAGAGUAUGCCAACUUUGGUGACAGCUUUUAAAGUUCCAAUGCACUUUGUUGGGGCAAAUUCUGCUGAUUUAGGGCGAGGUGUAUUUUAUCAGCUACCUCUAGAUCAUUUAACUAUAUGCAAACCAGCAUCGAGACAAUCAAUUUUAUAUACAACAGUUAUUGAUGUCAUUCAAAGAAUCACACAUAAGAAAUGUGAUUUGCAUUAUCCCGAUAUCUUUCUUGAUAAAUUAUAUAAUCUGUUUUCAUUGAAUAUGUUUUUCAAAGCUACUGGGGUUAUAGAUUCCAUAGAUGAGAAUCAGUACAGAGAAAGGUUCCGAUGGUUUGAAAGAAUUAUUCUUGAUACAUAUACAGGCAGCUGUUCCGAUUAAAUACAUUUUUACACUUUGUAGCUUCAUUGGUUUAAACUAAAUUUUAAAUUCAAUUAAAUAUAUAAUUUAUA